AUGUUCUUUGUUUGCCGAGGAAGUUUACCUACAAAGGUGCCUUCUUGGUAUUAACAGUAAAGUGAGUGCAAGUCUUGAGGGCUAAACAAAUUAAUUUUCCUAAUCUUGGUGAGAAAAUAGAGAAAUCAUCCACACCCUCCCUCUCUCUCUCUCUCUCUCUCUCUCUCUCUCUGUAUAUAUUUGUAACAUUUUAGAAAAGGAAAUAGAAGUGAUAGUCUUAAUUUGGUACUCCAACAAAUGGAUUCUGCUAUCUUUCUUUUCCUUUCUACCAUGUUUCUUAGCAUUAAGGGUCUUGAAGCCAACUGCCAAACUCUCAAGUGCGCUGAUGCUGCUCCUGAUAUUCUUUUCCCUUUCCAAGAAUCAAGCCAGCAGCAACCCCACUGCGGCCUCCCUGGUUUUGAACUUUCUUGCAGAGUUAACACAACCAUGAUUCACUUCCCCAAUUAUGGAAAAUUGGUUGUGAAGUCCAUCUCCUAUGAUAUCAGGAAACUUGAUCUUCUUGAUCCCAAGAAUUGUGUCCACGAAGUUUUUCUUAAUCUCAACCUUUCAGUUACCCCAUUUCAGUAUUACUAUACUGUCAAGAACUACACAUAUCUCAAUUGCUCAACUCAGCUUUCCUCUUCUUUUGCAGAGAUUCCAUGCUUAAGUGGUUUUAAGCAUCAUGUUUACACUGUUGAAUCUUCUUUACCUGUUAUUCCUGUUUCUUGCAUACCAAUUAAAACUGUUGCUAUUCCAUUUUCAUUUAGUCCUUAUCUUGCUGAUAACAGUUUUGGCCUUGGAUUAACUUGGAGCUUGCCUCAAUAUGAAGAUUCUGAAAUUCCAGAUUCUUCAAUCAAGAACUCAAUUAUAGGUGAUGUUUCUGCCGAAUUCUUGAAGGUCCUAUUAUGUAUUUUGGCAGUGGCAAUGCUGGUAAUCAUAAAGAUGUAUCAGGCAAAGACACUGGAUGUACAGAUUGAAAAUGAGAAUCUAAAUGAGGUUUUAACGUACUGCAAAACUCAAGAAAACAGGCAAUCAUCAAGAAGUAUGCAAUCAGCAGAGGAGAGAAGAGUCUAAUACUGUCAUCAAUUUCAAACAAAUCCACUUUGUAGUUAUCCAUCACAAAUAAUAGCUUAGGUUUGCUAUAAUGUGUGUUUGACAUGAACUCGUCUGCAGUUUUAAUGUUGUAUACAGCUAAAAUUGAAUGACGGAAAAUUGGCAUUAA